UGUCGUUUGUGCUAUUAAUCUGUGGUGCUGUGUCAGGCGUGUUUAUUGUUCUAAAAUUCUAACCUGUUUAUUUUAAGUUUAUUCAAUUUCCACACAUUACUUGUAUUAUUAAUUUAUUAGUAAGCAUUCUACAGACGCCAUAAAAAAUGUAUUUGAGGUAUUAUUUGAAUGAAAACGGCGAUAGACAAUACACAUUAUCGACGAUAGAUCCAAAUGGGAAACCUACGCUAUCAGCUCACCCAGCACGCUUCUCCCCAGAAGAUAAAUAUUCCAGGCAAAGGAUAACUAUCAAGAAAAGAUUUGGUCUACUUCUUACUCAGCAGCCUGAGCCUAUCCAUUAGUGACAUCAAUCCUUAUGGAUUUAUAUUAUGAUUUUAAUUAUUAAUUGUAAGCUACAUAUAAAUUAAAUUUUCAACAAAAUAAAA